AUGGACGUUACUCUUUUAUCAUCAGUUGUUCGAGCGGUAAACCAUGCAUCAAAUGAUGUAAAAUGUACAGCUGCUUUAGGUGUGCAUCAUAUUGCAUCGAGGAAACUCUCAAUGACUGAGAUGAAGGAGAAAAACAAUGCGGUACGUGCUGCUUGUCAGCAAACCCUUCUUGCCUUGUUCAAGCUUAGAAAUCAAAAGUCUAUUUAUGAAGAAUACUUGCAAUUGGUAGAGGGUGCAGCUAGAAGUGUGCUUGUUGAUGCUUACAGAACACUGCAGAGGGUUUCGGAACAACCAGAUCCAGGACUAGAACCAUUGUUAGAUAUUGCAAAUGUGCCCUGA